CAGGGUUGCCAUAACUAAACUGACAGUUCCCGCUGGUAGCAUUUUGACAGGUCGUUGAAAUCGAUGACAGUUGUUUAAAGUAACGAAACCCAACAGUUAUAAGACGAGGAUAAGCAAAAAGUAUUUGAAAAAUUACUAAAUUGAAAAGUCCUGCGCUUUUUUCGCGCAUGAGUAAUGCAAAAUUGUCGAAUAAUGGGAAAGGCGGAUUGCAAUUUCUGACAGAGACCUAAAGAAGAAGACAACUGGUCUAUUUUGUCGAAUAUCUCCGGUACGAAAAUCUUUGGGCGAAAAACCAUAUUUACAUUGAUUUUUUUAGAUUUGCCUCAUUUUUCUUGUAAUACCUUAAUCACAACCUUAGAACAUAAAUCACAACAACUGAAUAUUCCUAAUCGUCUAUUCUUUAUUAUUAUUGGCUUAACAACGUACAAAAAACUUACUAAAUAAUCCGUCAAAAUGACAUUUCAUUCAUAUAUUUUCUUUUUAUUGUCAUUUUGAGCUAUUUUUUUACUAAUCAGCUACAAUCGGCACACAAACAUGCCAAAAGAAGAUACUGUAAGCGAAGUCAGCGAUGUUAGUGGUAAAUCGGAAAAAUCAGCUUAUCAUCCCCAAAUCGAAGGCUUCACAGAUUUUGAUAGAGGCGAAGAAAAACCUGUGGGCGAAGAAGGAGAAGGCGAGGAAGAUAAACAAAAAGAAUAUGGAGCUUUAAAUUUUAUGAGCGAUCAGGAAUUGAUAGACUAUGCUAAUGAAUUGGAAGUAUCUAUUCGUUAUUUAGAGGUAGAGAACGAAAUAUUUUGGGUUUUCCUUGAAAAAUACAGUCCGCAAGCAUUAGAAGGACUAGAACAAAAAAUAAUGUCCGCUACUAUAGCCGCCAUUAAAAGAGCACCAUCAGGAACUACAAAAAUAAACUCAAAGUCAUCAUCAGAUUCUAGCUUGACCAGCCUAACUCGGAAGAAGAGUUCCAUAGUGGAAUCUAUGCCAAGCAUUACCAACUUGAUUGAAGGUAAAGGUCCAAAAAUCAAUCUAUCCACUAAAACUGACAUGGUUACGAGAACGUUAGAGCAAGCUCAAGCGGCCCAUGAUGAUUUCAUCAAAAAGGCACUAAGAACAAAAAGAAACUUGAAAUCAGAACUCGAGGAAUUUGUUAUUCGCGAAACUGAUUUAAAGUAUGCAAGAAACCAAUUCGAAUAUAAUAUAGUUAUAAAUGGCGUGGAAAAAUUGACUGGGAAAAUCCCAGCUGAAAAAUGGUUAAGGUAUAUGGAUGAAUGGUUGAGAGGUUCAAUGUUAGCUAUGGAAAAACUAAGACUUCGAAUUGCAGCUUUAAAGAGUCAAUAUAAGAAACUAACAAAAACUUAUAUUCAAAGAAAGGAACUAGGUGCAAACGUACACACAGUUGAUUUUGAUCAACUGGAAAUAGCGAACAAACAUUUACUCAUAAAAAUUGAUCAAAAACAGGUCCAUCUUGUCGAGUUAAAGAAAAUGAACGGUGGAGCCAACCUUGUGUUAAGUAAACAUAAAAAGAUUCUGCUUCAACAACAAAUAGACUUCAAUAAAUUAAGAAAAGACAUAGAAGCGAAAGAACAACAAAUUGAUGAGUUGGAAGAAGAAUUUGUUAAAGUCGAAGAAGAAAGAAAUAUCGCCAGAUCAAAAUUUGAAUAUUUUAAAAAAUUCAAAAGUUCACACAGAGUGCCCGAUAUUGUUGAAUACGUUGUGUUGAAAAAGGAAAUAGAUGAAAUAAAUAAAAACAUCAAAAUAUGGCAAAGAAGAAAAAAUAUUCAAGAAAUUAGUUUGAACGCGUCUAUUAGAGAAAUUAAACAUAUAACAGGCUCAUCAGUUGUCGAUCCAGCUUGGAUAGAAGAUCCAGUUACAGAUACAGAAUUUGAAUUCAAUUAUUAAAUUUUUUUUUUAGUUAAUUAUCAUUAUCAGUGAAUUCAAAAUCAGGUUAUGAAUACAGUAAUCCCAAAUUAUAAUUAAACAUUUUUAUUAAAUAAUAUUGAAAUAACGAUAAACAACUACUAGACCAAUUUUGUUUAUAGAAAGUGAAUUGCAAACAUUCACGUUAUUAUCUACAUAGUUGCCAAAUUAUUA